CUUCACAAUUAUCAUCAAAAUGUCUCUUCAUUACAUCUUCAUCGCCCUCCUCUUAACAGCGCAGCUCCUCCCCGGAGCACUGGCGGCGCCGCCGCGCCGCCCGGUGGACGUCCCAUUCGGCCGAAACUACGUUCCGACAUGGGCGUUCGAUCACAUCAAGUACAACAAUGGCGGCUCCGAGAUCCAAUUAGUCCUCGACAAAUACACCGGCACCGGUUUCCAGUCGAAAGGAUCUUACCUCUUCGGACACUUCAGUAUGCACAUCAAAAUGGUCGCCGGAGAUUCCGCCGGCACCGUCACCGCCUUCUACCUCUCGUCGCAAAACUCGGAGCACGACGAAAUCGAUUUCGAAUUCCUGGGGAACAGAUCCGGACAGCCUUACAUUCUACAAACAAACGUUUACACCGGCGGUAAGGGCGACAAGGAACAGAGAAUUUACCUCUGGUUCGAUCCGACUAAGGAUUUCCACACAUACUCCGUUCUCUGGAACGCCUACCAGAUCGUGUUUCUGGUCGACGAGGUCCCAAUCCGGGUAUUCAAAAACAGCAAGGACCUGGGAGUAAAGUUCCCGUUCGACCAGCCGAUGAAGAUCUACUCUAGCCUAUGGAACGCCGAUGACUGGGCGACACGCGGCGGUUUGGAGAAGACUGAUUGGUCGAAGGCGCCGUUCGUAGCUUCUUACAGAGGGUUCCACGUGGACGGCUGUGAGGCGUCCGUACAGGCGAGGUUCUGCGAGUCCCAGGGGAAGAGGUGGUGGGAUCAGAGGCAGUUCCGGGACCUGGACGCCCAGCAGUGGCGGCGCCUACGGUGGGUGAGGAGUAAGUAUACGAUCUAUAACUACUGUACUGAUCGGAAAAGGUAUCCGGCGGUGCCGCCGGAGUGCCGGAGGGACAGGGAUAUUUAAUGAACGCCGGAGGGGAGAUGGGGGGUGUGUUUUUUAUUUAUUUUUAUUUUUAUUUUUUUAAUAUUUUGUGUUGUGUUGGUCGGCGGAUUUGGAAUUUUUCGUCACUUUUGAGAUCUGUAUGAUCUUGUUACAGACUUGCACUUCUUUUGCUGUUAUUUUUAAUUUAUUUAUUUUGAA